AUGAACCAACGAGAAGUGUUUUGGCGUCAACGCUCGAAACGAUUGUGGCUUCAAGAAGGUGAUAGUAACAGUAAGUACUUUCAUGCUAAAACUACUUCUAGAAAGAAACACAAUACUAUAACUCGGCUUAUGAAUGAUGUCGGUAACUGGGUUACUUGGGAGGAUGAGUUGCCGAAUGUUAUGAUUGAUUAUUUCACUAACUUAUUUACUUCAAAUGUGGCCGAUUACUCAACUGUGGUAGAGGAGAUUACUCCGUCGAUCACCAUGGAUCAGAAUAUGUCUUUACUUAGGCCGGUUUUGGAAGAAGAAGUUAGAAGUGCUCUGUUUAAUAUGCAUCUUGAUAAAUCUCUUGGUCCCGAUGGUAUGACCCCUAGCUUUUUUCAAAAAUACUGGGAAAUAGUUAAUAGCGAUGUUGUGAACCAGGUUUGUCAAUUCUUUGCGAAUGGUAGUAUUCCUGAUGGACUGAAUGAUACGAAUAUUGUUUUGAUUCCGAAGAAGAAACAACCUACUUCGAUGGGUGACCUUCGGCCUAUAUCCUUGUGCAACGUCUUGUAUAAGAUAGUAUCUAAGGUGCUUGCGAGUCGUUUAAAAGAAGUGUUGCCUCAGAUCAUAUCUUCAAACCAAUUGGCUUUCAUCUCAAAUCGCCUUAUUACUGAUAAUAUUAUGAUAGCGUUUGAGGUUAUGGAAUAUCUCAAAAGAAAGCGUAAAGGCAAAGAAGGAUUUAUGGCGCUCAAACUUGAUCUUAGUAAAGCUUAUGAUCGUGUGGAGUGGGGCUUUCUUCGAGCUAUGAUGAGUAAGAUGGGAUUUGAUUUGCGUUUCAUUGAUCUUGUUAUUGCUACAAUUAGCUCUGUGAGUUAUGUCUAUUGUCGUGCAAAUGAUAGAGAGGUUUCGAAUAUAUUACAUCUACUUCAACUAUUUGAGAUCGCUUCUGCUCAACAAGUUAAUUUCAGUAAGUCCUCUGUCUUCUUCAGUACUAAUGUGCCUAAUGCUACUCGGGACCGAUUGUGUGGGAUCCUUAGAAUGAGACAUGCAGAUGAACAUAGUACUUAUCUUGGCCUCCCUUGUGUCAUGGGAAGAAAUAAAGAUGCCAUUUUGGGGUUUUUGAAAGACAAGAUGCAGAAGCGCAUUCAAAGCUGGGAGGGUCGUUUCUUGUCUACUGCUGGGCGUGAAGUCCUAUUAAAAACUGUAGCACAAGCUUUGCCAAGUUUUGCUAUGUCUGUGUUCUUAUUGCCUUUGAAAACUUGUUCACAUCUGGAGAGCCUUAUGUCUAAGUAUUGGUGGAGUUCGAGUAGUAGGAAAGGUUGGCGGUUACUUCUGUACCAGGAUUCCCUUGUGGGUCGGAUAUAUAAGGCUCGAUAUUUUCCUAACUGUUCAUUCUUGGAGGUUGAGUUGGGUGGCAAUCCGAGCUUCAUAUGGCGCAAUGUCCUUGAGUCACAAAAGCUACUCAUAGAUGGUGCCCGUAGAAGAAUAGGAUCUGGUUCAUACACUGAGGUGCUUAACACACCUUAG